GUUCCAUGUUGAAGGUGAACCCUGAGGAGCGGCUGUCAAUCACAGAGGUGGUGAACCAGCUGCAGGAGAUAGCAGCUGCACGCAAUGUCAACCCCAAAMCUCCAGUUACAGAACUUUUGGAGCAGAACGGAGGUUUUGGCAACAAUGGAGCUCAGCCUCCCAUGCAGGUCCACAGCGUACAGAACAAUGCAGGUGUGUAUGAUCCUGAUCAGGCAGGCAGCGGCUUCUUGGAUAUCUUGAGGGGAGGAACAGAGCGCUUCCUGACCAACAUCAAGGAUACAUCCUCGAAAGUCAUCCAGUCUGUAGCCAGCAGCCCGAGCUAUGCCAAAGGCGACCUGGAUAUUUCCUACAUCACCUCCAGAAUAGCAGUCAUGUCUUUCCCAGCAGAAGGGGUGGAGUCAGCCAUAAAGAACAACAUCGAGGACGUUCGUCUGUUUCUGGACUCGCGUCAUGCUGGCCACUACGCUGUAUACAACCUCUCGAAGCGGUCUUACAGGCCUUCUCGAUUUCACAACAGGGUUUCAGAGUGUAACUGGCAGGUGCGGCGCGCCCCCAACCUCCGCAGUCUCUACAAUGUUUGUAAAAACAUGCAUCAGUGGCUCAAACAGGACCAGAGGAACAUCUGUAUAGUACACUGCCUGGACGGUCGAGCAGCAUCCGCGGUGGCAGUGUGUUCUUUCCUGUGUUUCUGUCGUCUUUUCACCACAGCUGAGGCUGCCGUCUACAUGUUCUCCAUGAAACGCUGUCCUCCUGGCAUAGCACCUUCACACAAAAGAUAUAUAGAGUAUAUGUGCGACAUGAUGGCAGAGGAGCCCAUCGUCCCUCACAGCAAACCUGUGGUUAUUCAUUCCAUCAUCAUGACACCUGUGCCGCUGUUCAAUAAGCAGCGUAACGGGUGCCGGCCGUUCUGUGAAGUUUACGUUGGAGACGAGCGAGUCCUCACCACUUCACAGGAGUAUGACAGGAUGAAGGAUUUUAAGAUGGAAGACGGCAGAGCAGAGAUUCCCCUCAAUGUUACAGUCCAAGGAGAUGUCCUGGUGGUGAUCUAUCACGCACGAUCGACACUGGGUGGGCGUCUGCAGGCYAAGAUGGCAUCUAUGAAAAUGUUUCAGAUCCAGUUUCACACAGGUUUUGUGCCCAGAAACGCAACAACUGUCAAGUUUGCCAAGUAUGACUUGGACGCCUGCGACAUCCAGGAGAAAUAUCCAGACUUGUUCCAGGUGAAUUUGGAUAUUGAGGUGGAACCCAGAGACAGACCCAGCACCAGGAAUCCUCCAUGGGAGGGCUUUCAAACCAAGGGCCUCAAUCCUAAAAUACUCUUCUCGUCUCGCGAUGAACAGCAGGAGAUCCUCAGUAAAUUUGGUAAACCCGAGUUGCCUCGUCAGCCUGGUUCCUCUGCUUUUUACGAAUCGGAGACCACUACACCYGGUCAGACCCCAGAGGGCUUCAACGCAACAGAACCAGAAUCUCCUGUGAGCAAUGAUGCCAGUGCCAGCAACUUUUUCCAGACACUUGAUUGGGAAGAUCACCAGAACUUUCCCGAUGCUUCAGACAGCCAAGGAGGAGGAUCUCUGAACGAUCAGGAGGACAUGAGUGAUCAGUCAGAGGGGGAGUCGUUCUCUGCCCCCAGUAUGGAAGCUCUAUCACGUGACCACAGCGAGCAGCUGUUUGAUGCUGAUUUCCAGACUUCUCCCCCUGCACCUCAAGAAUCUUCUCGUAGUGACACAGCUGACCUCUUGGGCUUGAAUUCAGACCCCCAUCCCUCUGCCAUCUCCUCCCAAGUUCCCAGUCAAGGCGAACAGGGAGGACUGAAAGCUGCUUCCAGCAACAGCGAUCUCCUCAAUGACCUGUUUUCGCCUCCUGCUGGUCAGACAGGGGCAGUGCAGGAAGAUUUGUUCUUUAGUGAGGCAACCAGUGGAGCCACGCCGGACUCAAAACCUACGAGCGAUCUGUUUGAUCCAUUCGGGAUGGGGUCCGGCUCUGGUGUUGGCUCCAGCGUCGGUUCAUCUCGACAAGCCUCUGGACCGGAUCUGUUUGGAGAUUUGUUGGGCUCUGGUAGUUCAGCAACCAGCGGGUUUAGCUCGGCUCACAGUAACGCUACCCCUGCUUCCAACACCAGCCUCUUCAACCUCAAUAAGKUUGCUAAAGAUACCCCUAAGAUGACGUCAUCGGCCAGUCAGCCAGAUUUGCUCGGUGGAUGGGACAGCUGGGCAGCUCACACCACUGCUGGAGUCAGCACCACCACCAACAAACCCAGUUAUACAAACACAGCUUCUGGUGGGUCAUCCAUGUCAAAGGCCAAGUCUCAGACCUUUGAUCCUUUUGCAGACCUUGGAAAUCUGGGUMCUAAUUUACCAGGUUCAUCCAGCGGUAAUAUAUCUGGGCCUUCUUUUAGCACAAAGGCUCCAUCUUCCUCCUCGUCCUCCUCCUCUAAGCCUCAGGCCCAGGCCUGGCAGUCUGGAAAUCCCAACUCUGCCCAGAACAAACCUUGGAUGUCAGGAUCUGGACCAACACCCAAAGGACCCUCAGCACCUCAGCCUGCUGCRGCACAGACCACCAAACCCAACUACAACCUCAAUUUCUCCAGCGUCAUCGGUGGGAGAGAGGAAAGAGGAGUCCGUGGGCCUGGAUUUGGCCCCAAACCGAAGGUUAAAGAGGAUGAUUUUGAGGACCUGCUGUCCACUCAGGGUUUUGCUUCCAGGCCUGAUAGAAAYGGACCCAGGACCAUUGCUGAAAUGAGGAAACAGGAGAUUUCAAAAGACACGGAUCCUCUUAAAUUACAGAUUUUAGAAUGGAUCGAGGGUAAGGAGCGGAACAUCAGAGCGCUGCUGUCGACUCUGCACACCGUCCUGUGGGAGGGCGAGACCCGCUGGAGGUCCGUGAACAUGGCCGACCUCGUCACACCUGAUCAGGUCAAGAGAUACUACAGAAAGGCCGUGCUGGUCGUCCAUCCAGACAAGGCGACAGGUCAGCCGUAUGAACAGUACGCUAAGAUGAUCUUCAUGGAGUUAAACGACGCCUGGUCCGAAUUUGAGAACCAGGGAUCCAAAGCACUCUUCUAAAAUCCUGGCCUGGACCAAACCCAAACCAGACCCAAAUGGACUGGAUUUGGCCUGACCAAAUAAGGGUUACCCUGGGCCAGAUUGGACAGGACUGAGCCCACAUUGGGCUAUUAAGGGCACAGAACCUCUGAGAGGUGUCCUCUCGACUAUUCCUUUGUUCCUCCUUUACCUUCUGUUUCUACAGCAAAACAAAAGAAGAAGAAGAAGAAAAGCUCUUUGCCUCACGCCUGGCUCAGAUGAAAAUAUCCUCACUGGUUCUUAAAUAACCAGUUUAAUAAACGAUUGUUCUUAAACUCACUGCCUACCUGUGCGACUGCCUGAGUGGUGCUGCAAWCAUCAGGAGGGAGUAAUGGGUGAUGAUCACACUGAAUAAAUGAACCGAAAAUAAAAAAACAACAAAAAAAAAACCCUAAAUUAUCAGGUUAAUACCCGAAUUGGAUGCAGAUCAGGUUUAGUAGCAGCAAGUUUUUCAUUUGUGUGUUGCAUGUUUGGAACCAGUCAGUCACAGUUUACAGGUAAAUUCACUUGGACUGGCUCAGACAGCUGAUUGAAAGCUUGCAGAAUACCAUUUGAGAUUUUUGGACUUAAUAGCAUCAAAUAAAAGAAACACAAAUAUCUGUAUGGGGAAAUAAAAAAAUUUAAAGACUGUUUGUAAAAGAUAAAUAUCAAAGUUCUACUGCUGCACAUUUUCAGGUCACCACUCAGUUGCUCCUGAGCCGUUUCCUCUCUGCAGCAUCACUACUGAACAUUACUGCUGCUUUUUCCCUUCAGUUUCUGCUGCACACUCCUCAGAUCAAAGUAAUCCCCCAAACCUGUUUUGGAGCUCCCAAUAAAUCCAAUCAGGCAGUGUUUUUUUUUUUUUUUUUUUUUUUUUUUUUUUUUUUUUUUUUUUUUGAAGUGCUCUUCAAUCUACACUGUGUCGCUCACUGCAUGCUCUUCUGCACCAAACCUCUAAACAACAAGUGAAUGUUUUUCAUUUUAAACCAGAGACGUCCAGUCAGCAGUGGGCCUUUUAUUGAAGUGCUCUUGUUUUUUUUUUUUCUGUUCUUUUCUUGUAGCAGGAACAGUAAAGAGGCUGCUUGUUUGGUUAUACUGGAUGGUAAACUUCACUUUUAAGCAUCUCCGUCAUCAGCGUUAUAAAUCCCAUUCUGUCUUUCAUUUCCUGCCGCCUCCAGUUCAGUUUAAUGUGAGGAUUCCAUCUGGGUUUUCAUGGUUUUACAUGUUUUUUUUUGUUGUUUUCUCACAAUACAAUAUGUUAUGAGCUUCAACAUCACUUCAGUGUAAAUAUAAAAAAUAUAUAUAUCAUGAUCCAUCAAGUGGCUUGGUAAAAACUUAKGUCUGGUUUUAUUUUGACAUUAAGCCUCAGACUGGUUGUGUGAAUGCGACUGUGUGUGUGUGUAAAGAUGUUUCAUAGACAAUGCAACUUUAUUGAGCAUCAUCUUGCUUGCAAUCACAAUUGUUCAUUCUUUUAUUUUUAAGUUUCUCACUUUCAUAAUGUGUUGUCUCAUUCAAAAUCCUUCCAACUUUUUUUUCUUUACAUUCACAUCUUACCUCAUGGACCAAUCAAAUUGCUUGUUCCUAUUUAUUCUAAUGUUUUAUGGAAGAGUUGAGGGUUUGUGAUAUAUUCUUACACACUGAUGGCACAAGUUGAAAGAAAAUCAUAUAAUAUAUAGACAGAAUGUGUUGACUGGUUGAUCACAGUGAGCUUUUUGUUGCUGUUUUCAUUCCAAAGCAUCAAAUGUUAAGAAUGUGCUUUUAUAGUAAUAUAUCCUGUCUGUUGUUGCUGUGUUACUCAGUCAUUUGGGUAUUCAGUUGUUUUAUGUCUAACUUUACUUUUUCCCUUUGUAAGGCAGAAGUGAAGAUGUUUCCGUUUCGUUUUCUGACAUUUUGUAAAAAAUAAAACCGGGGGGCAGCAAACCUAAAAACACGAAUUGAUGCUUGAAAUUCCAUUUUAAUUCUUUUUGACAGUGUAAUAGUGUGAAGACCACUCAUCGACAGUGUUUACUGUACCUGAUUUGAUCAUACUAAUAUGAAUGUAAAUUAAAUGUAAAAAAAUAAAUAAAUCUUUUGAUCUGAGGAAAA